AAAAUAAACGCAGCGUGAAGUUUUGUAGUUUGUAGAAUAAGAUUGCUGGCCUAGGGCCUAAUGCAAAGCCAAAGUGGACCCCAAGAAGACCAGAGGAGCACCUCAAUUUCUCAAAUGUGAACACGCUAGUGAAUAAAAAAACAAAAACAUUUAAGCCACCAAGACCGUCAACAUUACUUUUCAUGUGUGCAAACAUGGUUGUAUGAUCCAUUCCAGCUUCUUUCUUGAUCUAGAAUCUACCAACCAUGUGCACGAACAGUUGAAGUUUUUGUGUAGAUUUCAGUCCAGCGAGUGCCGGUGUCAAGGCUACCGUUUCGUCUUUGUUUGAGUUUUUAAAGUUCAGUUUUGACUUAAAUCAUCUAGAUCUACUAUUGACGAGUUUGAGGGGGAGGCGAAGUCAUAUAUUACGAUGUCAGGAAGAGGCAGCAGCAUCUCACAUUUAACAGAGACAGAAGAACAACAGAAAACCAGGUUUCAGACUGAAUUAGAAUUUGUACAAUGCUUGGCGAAUCCCAACUAUCUGAACUUUUUGGCCCAGAGAGGGAUUUUCAAAGAGCAAAAUUUCAUCAACUACCUUAAGUACUUGCAGUACUGGAAAGAGCCCAAGUAUGCCAAAUAUCUCAAGUACCCUCAGUGCCUUCACAUGCUGGAGCUACUACAGUACGAGCACUUCCGCAAGGAACUGGUCAACUCUCAGUGUGCUAAGUUCAUCGACGACCAGCAGCUUCUGAGCUGGCAGCACUAUCAGCGCAAACGCAGUACUCUCUUACAGGAACAGGCCGAGAAGACCCAAGCGGCUAAAGAGACGAAAGAAGUCAAACCACCAACCACUCAGGCCGCUACUUGAUCUUUCUCCACCUCACAUGGAACGUCAGGGAACAUGUUAGGGUUGUCAUACCAUUUUCUCCUGUCACUGUACAUAGCCCCAUCGUUUUAUCAUGAAUAAUUUCUGCAUGAGAAUGAGAAGAAGCAGUUUGGAGCGAGUGAUUUGUGCUGUUGACUGUAGCUGGUGUGUUUUUUUUUUGCCAAAGUGGACUUUUUUGUUAUAGUUUCACUUUCACAUGUGUAUAUUAUUACCCUGUCGCUCAUCAUGUUAUGUUCGUUAUAGACAUACAGCGAUGUUGCUGACAGUUUGUAUACACAUUGUCACUUCGCUAAUAGAAUAGCACUUCUUAUUUUUACUCCGUUUGAGACAAAUGAAAAAAACAACUAGACUAUUUAUCAUGUAAUAAUGGUAAAACUUGUCUUACACGUUUAUCUUGUGACUGCCGGCGCAUUUUUGUUUUGGUUUUACCAAAAGAUAUACAGUCCGCUCCACUUGUAGCGAGGUCGGUUGUAAAGAUCUUUGGACGUAGCGAUUUUUUCCAUGGUACGGGCACCGAUGCAACACAAACUCAAUAAAAUUGAAACGGUUGUACUGAAUUCACUACAUCCGUCGUGACGGCUGUAGUGAUGCGUAAUCUUAUCCCUGGCCCAUAUAUUUUAUAGUAAAAAUAUAACGGUUUUAAAGGUGUUUCCCCCGUGGUUAGCUUUGAUGAACGUGAUGAUGUUUUGUAACGUUACGCACAUUCACACAACAGUACGAGGCAUCAGACAUCCCACAUGAUACUAUUGAUUACCUUACAUGAUAAACGCAUUAGCGAACAUGAUACUGCCUCCCUCUCACUUCGCCUAGCGACAUGGCCAUGAGAGACAACUACGAUGUGUUGGCACUGUGGCUUAGCGCCGAAGGAAGCGAACACGGUUGGCCCUGCCUCUCUCUCACUUCGCGUAGCAUCCCUACUUGCCUGAGUCAAUGCACUGUGCGUGUGGUGUGUGUCACUGACCUGUGUGCUGGGAUUAUUUCCCUUGAAUUUUUCUUCCAGCGACUGUUGUGAACUUCGGAUGUACCGGUAGCGAUCUUUUUUCUGGUCCCCCAACGAUAUCGCUACAAGCGUACUCGACUGUAGUGCCAAAAAUAAAAAGUAAAACGCUAGAUCUAGUUGCAUUUUGGAACAGCUCUGAGUUUUGCAAUUUUGUUAACGCAGUGACAAUAGUAUGUGAAAAUUGAAAGGUGCACCGUGGAAUGAAUGGUCUGAGCAGGGCUGCCAAGUGUCCUGCGUUGCACGGGACAGUCCCGCAUUUUGGCCACCGGUCCCGCACGAAGCUCAACAUUGCACCUGGAACAAUUUUUCUCAAGAGCUCCGCUUUUGUUCACACAGGUCAAGCCAUGCAGGAACUGGGCGAGGAAAAAUGUUGAGUUUAUGGGGCGGGGGAAUCUUAUAAGUUAUGUAGCCUUGCGAAGUCCGAUGUGUUCCUCGAGUCAUUUUUCCCAACUUGGCAGCCCUGGUCUGAGCAAAUGGGAAAUCUUGUGUAAGGAGUUUGUUAAUGUCAUGUCAUCAGCACUUACUGUGUGACUUCCAUGAAGUUGAAUGAAUGAAAGAGCCAUAAUAUUAUGUGAAUAAAAGGUGCCUGUCUGCUUCAAAAUAA